GUGAUUUUUCCUGGAAAGUGUUCUCCAAAUUCAAUUUUCAUUAUGCAUAUAUAUUGCGCACAUACACGAUUAUGAAUCACUUUAUAAAUAAAUAAAAUAUAGCAUACAUCAUGAUUGUUCCGAGUAGCAUCAUGCAGAGUAUAGUAACAAUUAUGGCCGCUGUAGGGUGCAUACAAUCAUUUUGUCAUGCCCAACCAACUCGUCAACAACGGAAUACGGCCGUACAUUAUUACUCAUACCGCAACAUAUACCACCCUCAAUGCAUGACAAGAGGGACUGGGGAGGAAUCAAAUGUGGUCAUGGUUGGUGAAUGUGAUGAAGAGAAUACACUUUACCUUCGAUAUAAUUCGGAUACGAAAGAAGUUCUUACAUCUACAGGAGAAUGCCUGCUAUCGCCGAAGGCGGAUGAUGUGGAAGGCUAUAAAAACAUACAACUUGGCGAGUGCAAUGGAACAAAACUACAAACGUGGGAACUUCACAAGCCCGGGGAUUCCGAGCACCACUUACGCAACAGAGACAAUGGUUUGUGUGCUGACGUGAAGCAUCAGCACUGGGACACUUAUAUAGUACUAUGGAAGUGUAAAAAGUCCAACUCAUACAAACAUUCUAACCAGGGCUGGCAAGCAUUUGGACAGCUUAUGUCCAAUGGUGCGGUAGACUAUAUGCCACAGGAGAGAGAUGGAUAUGUUAGGACUGUUGAACGAGUCGCGUAAUCAUACUUAUAAAUCAAAUAAACUUUUUAAGGCCUCCGAAUGGCCACAUAACACAAA